AUGAAGGAAAUAAGAGGAAGGGAAAGAAGUGAAAAGAAUCGCAGAGGAAAAAUUGUCCAUUCGUUUGUUUCAGAUGUUUCGAUCGAAAAUCAGCCACUGGCAACCGGUUAUUACAUAUCCACAGCACCGGCUUCGGAUCUACCAGAUUGGUUCUGGUCUGCCUGCCCAUCGGCUAAACGACGUAAUCCGGUACACUUAAAAAGUUCGCUCCAUCUCAACACGCCGAACGUUCAGCAGGGUGACGAUAUUUCAUCAUUUGGCAAAGGUGCCGAAGCCUGCCACCAUCAGCUAGAUAGCCAGGCUACUGCUGACGUCUUGAGAUAUGUACUGGAAACUUACAAUGCACUAUCCUGGUUGAAUAUGGAUCUCGUAACCGGUGAACGGCGUUCUUGUUUGCCAAUUCAUGUGCAGGCACUCAUGCGGCUUUGUAAUACAGUGAAUCGUUUCAUCAACUAA